CAAAAAGCUCGGGGCGGGCGGUACCAAACGCCAGUCAUGUGUUCCCUUCCUGCAGCCGUGUGCGCAGUGAGGGCAGCCCUCUGAUUACUGCGGGUCUGCCGAGAUAUUCCAGCGGCGCUGGCACUUCACAUCCACGCUAACCCCGCAGACAUGGGGUCUGUGUUGGCUGGCCAGGUACUUGAUCUAUUCAGGGUGACUGGAAGGUUGCCAGAUUUCCGCCGGAGCGGAGUUCCAUUUUAAAAUGAAGACACUUCACUGAAGGAUCUGCAGGUUGAAUGGUGAUCUAAGUGGAUUCCGGGCACGGGAGACAUGACAGCGCUGAAGAUCUCCGAGGUUGAGAUGACGAACUAUUACCACCUCCAGGAAGCCUGCUUACUGCUGGAAUCCACAGUCAAAAAUGAACUUACACCAGAGAUCCUCAACUCUGUCAGUGCAAAAAGCAUCAGUGAACAUCUGAAGAAACAGUUUGUGUUUCUCGCAGGCGGACGAGGUAAAGAUGAUGCGGUGAUUUUAACCUUUCCGGACUACCCCAGCUUUUGUGCCGUUUCAGACGAGGUUGUAAAGCAAGUCCUUGUGUACCUGACCACCAUUUCAAGCCUACACAAACCCGAGAUGAAGUUCACUGUUAUUUUGGACAGGCGGCUAGAUUCCUGGACCUCUGUCAAAGCAGCACUCAGCCGGAUAGCAGUCUCGUGUGCGGGGAACCUGCAGCUGGUCCUGGUCCUGCGACCUUCGGGCUUCCUCCAGCGGGCCAUCUCCGACAUCAGCUUCCGGUUCAGCCAGGAUGAAUUUAUCCUGAAACUGCCAGUCGUUAUGCUGAAUUCGGUCACAGAGCUGCUGAAGUACAUCGAUGAGACCCACCUGACGCACGAAUUUGGCGGCACCCUUGACUACUGCCAUGACGAGUGGAUCCUGUUUCGCACGGCUAUCGAGAGCUUUGCUGUGAUGGUCAAGGACAUUGCCCAGAUGUUGCAAGCGUUUGGCACCGAUCUGGCCGAGGCAGAACUGCCCAAUGAUCUGCACUCAGUGGAGGACCUGCUGUCCACCCGAACUGAAAAAUACUGCCAGCUCAAGAAUGAUGUACAAAGGGUGAUCAAAGAGGGGGAGCUGCUGCUGACCAACCUCAUGGAACCUGUUAGCAAUGCUCAGUCAAGUGCGGAGAAGGAUGGAGAUCGAGCGACAGUGAAGAGACUCCUAGCCCAGCUACAUGACAUGGAGACUGCCUUUGAUGGAUUUUGGGAAAAGCAUCUGCUUAAGCUUGAACAAUGCCUGCAGCUCUGGAGAUUUGAACAAGCUUUCCAAGAGCUAAAGAUGGCCCUGGAUUAUUUGUCAUCUGAGGAGGGAGACAUCCCUGAGACAGGGACCAGUGUUGCUCAGUCGGAACAAGCUCUUCGUGAAUUAACUAACUUGGAUGAGCGAUCUCAGGAAUUAAUUGGAAAUGCCCAGGCUCUGGUCUUGCAGGGUGAUCGGUUGAUAUCUGACCACCACUACGCAGAGGAUUUAAUCUGUGAGAAGUGCAGUGAACUCCGCCACCACUGUAAGGACUUGGUUGAUAACAUGAGAAACAAAUGCAUCACGCUGAACAAAUCAUUGGAAUUACACAUCAAGCUGCAGCAGGUUCUGCAGUGGUGUGACGAAGGCGCUUAUCUCCUUGCCUCUCAGCCCAUGGACAAGUGUCAGUCACAGCAAGGAGCAAAGCAAGCUCUGCAAGAAAUUGACAAGUUUCUAGAAAACUCUAGAAAUUACCUGCAGUGUGACACUGAAGAAUUGUUCAAUGAGUUUGGAGACAUUCUUACAACACCCAUUAAGGCCCAGAUUCAGGUGGUUCAUGAGAAGCUUGACAACGUGUACACAAUGUUUGAGCAGCGCCAGUCAUCCCUCAAGAAACUGGCAGUCAGACACAUCCGACCAGUGCAGCCUGUGGCUCCCCGUCCUGAUGUGGUGAAAAGCCCUUUGUUUUCACCAAAGCAAGGCGUGGAUUCCAGUUCCGGUUCGAGGUUCCCAUUUGACAUAUCACUGUAUGGAAAAAGGAGCUCCAGAAAGCCACAGAGCACAAAGAAGAUUGAAGUCAUGCAUGAAGUCAGCCAAACAAGAAAUUCUCUGCACUCCCUGAAGCACGAAAGCGAAAGCAGCUUGGCAAUCCUGAAGGGGCACGUCAUCAAUGAGUUAAUAGAUACAGAGCGACUCUAUGUGGAGGAGUUGAACAGUGUUCUGCAGGGUUACCAAGCAGAAAUGGACAACCCAGUCAUGAUAUCCCUCAUGCCUUCCAUCAUGGAGAACAAAAAGGAGGUGUUGUUUGGCAACAUGUCAGAGAUCUAUGAUUUCCACAGCAGAAUUUUUCUCAAUGAUCUUCAAAACUGCAUCACAAUGCCAGAGAAAGUCGGGUCCUGCUUCCUUGAAAGGAGGGAGAACUUCCAAAUGUACGUGAAAUAUUGCCAGAACAAACCGCGCUCUGAGGAUCUCUGGAGGCGAUGCUCCGACUGCCCGUUCUUCCAGGAAUGUCAGCGUAAACUGGGUCACAAACUCGGACUGGACUCGUACUUACUGAAGCCCAUCCAGCGACUCACAAAGUACCAGUUGUUACUGAAGGAGUUAUUGAGGUUCAGUAGCAACAGCAAUGGAACUCAAGAGUUACAGGAAGCUCUGGCAGCCAUGCUGAACUUAUUGAAGUCCGUCAAUGACUCCAUGCACCAGAUCGCUAUAACAGGAUAUAAUGGAAACCUGCAGGAAUUUGGGCCGGUGUUGAUGCAGGGGUCUUUCAAUGUCUGGAUAAAUCACAAGAAAGGCCCCACCAAAAUGAAAGACCUUGCACGCUUCAAACCAAUGCAACGCCACCUCUUCCUUCACGAGACCGCACUUGUAUUCUGUAAGAAGCGAGAAGAACACGGAGAAGGUUACGACAAAGCACCCUCCUACAGCUUCAAACAUUACUUAAAAAUGAAUGCUGUUGGCAUCACUGAGAACGUGAAAGGGGACAUCAGGAAGUUUGAAGUCUGGUAUAGUGGGCGAGAGGAGGUGUACCUCAUUCAGGCUCCAACCGUGGAUGUUAAGAUGGCCUGGUUGAGUGAAAUGAGGCGAGUGUUGACGAACCAGCAGCGACUCCUCCGAGAAGACAGCCAAUCUCCUCAUCACCAUGCAGAUCAGAUUCUUCUGUCCCCAGGGAAACAGAAGAGAGCCUCUGUGAGUUCGGAGGAGAACGAUUCCGAUCUCACAAGACCUGUGGUUUUAGAAACCUUCCCUCUGUCACCACAGCACCUCUCAACACGGACAGAUUGGGCUGGAACAUCCCGGUGUUUUGAAGGAUCGGAAGGAAACGAGGGCUGGUCGAGCAAUAACGACACCGAGGAGGAGGAUGCAAACCAGCUGUCCCCUGGAAGGUAUAAAGCUCACACUGACGGUCGAGCCCAGGACUCUGAGGAACUGCUGAUUAAAAGUGGGGAUGUGGUGCAGCUGAUGCACGAAGAUGGUGAAGGGCAGUGGUUUGUGAAGAACCUGAACCGAGGCCAGCAGGCUUGGAUUUCCGUCAACAGUUUGCAGAUUAUCGUUGGUGACUGUGGAUCUCAGACCUCCAGCUCAGCAGGAUUGGAUUUCCAUGAGAUAAGGAAAGUUAGUUCUUCACUUUGACCUGAAUGAUCCUGGAGAUCUGGUCCUGAUCCUCUGGGUACAGUUCCAAUCUCUUCCUUCUCGGUUUCUCCACAUCUCCACUUCAUUUUAUGUUGGAGGAGCUUUACAGGCUGAAUGUUUGUCCAUCUCUGCUACAUGCCUCUCACCCACGGGGACCUAUGAUGUCCAUCUCAUGAUAAACAUGCGAGGGGUGGCAUUUCUUGGAGCAGUCGUGUAAAUAAACUCAAAGAGUCUUGAUGGUGUGAAUCAGAAUACAACACCAGGAAUUGAACCUCUUACAACACUGAAGCAGACACACGUUUACAGCCAUUUGCAUGGAUUUGCUCCGUUCUCUUGACUGAAUUCUUGGGUUCUCAGGUUGAAGGAUUUUGACGUAUGGAGACAAUCCUCCUCUAAUGAUUGCUGAUUAUUCUGUGUGUGGACGCCAGAUCGUCCUGAGGAGAUGAGGUUUACAUUAUCCACAUUUUUAAUGUUAGUUUAUCAUGGAAAAAAAAUCGCUCGUACACUGUUUUCAUUGACAUGUUUACACUGUUGACAAUCAUCACCGAUAUUUAUAUGUGAUUAUAACUGUCACAAGGCUUCUUAUGGAAGCGAUUAGUAUGUUGGUAUGUUUUCAUACUUCACUUGUGUCCACAGGGAAUUGCAAGGGAUCACUGUGCUCCCAAUGGCACCUUAUCCUUGCAAUCGGCAGCUGACAUUGUUCAAGUCACGAUCUGUUGACAGGGUAAUGGGCGCGGUGACUUUUUCCAAAGCUUGUGUCCUUCAUUUCUCUCUGCUGUGCAUCAGUCCAUUCUUUCUGAGAUCAUCACUCGAUCAGAUUCAGGGUCACUAAAGCUCACAGGAAGUGCGUGGAAAAAGUGGGACCAACCAUUCUACAAGUAUUAGUUUUAUUACGUUUGUUGAUGAGCUGAAUCCGCAAAUGUUCACACCUUCCUUUCUACACCAGGGUGCAUUGCUUCAACUUUUAUCAACUUUCACAUCACAAUUCUAGAGAAUUGGGUGCAGGGAUUUGUUCCAAGCUGCUGCUAACGUGUGACCUAACAGUGAUUGCACCUUGUCUUCUGGUUCCAAGACUGAGUUCUAUUAACCUCGGAAACACAGUGUGCAUGUGUGUGUGUGUGUUCAGUGAGAAAGACAGUGUAAACUCCUCUCUCUCUCUCUCUCUCUCUCCCCUCUCCUCUCCCUCUCUUGCAUCCCCUUUCUCCCUUCCCCCCACCCUCCUCUCCCUUGCCCCCGCCUCCAUCUCCAUCUCCGUCCCUCUCCCCUCCCCACCCUCUCUCUCUGACACACUCUCCACCGUUCUGAGAUGGAUCCGUUGCUGCUAAUGCCAAGCAAACCACAAAGUGCCGGUGACCUCACUGACCCAAAGUCAUCAGAUCAUUAGCUCAUCACUCCUGUGCUUGGUUUCCAACUUUCCCCGAGGCUGUCUACCUUUUAUCCCAUCAAACCCAUGCCAGCUUUCAGCUUAUUUGAUCCCCUUGGCACCACUUGUUAGCUUUGCUGUUUAGCGAACACCAAUCCAUAAGAAUGAAGUAACUUCCCACACACUGAAGAGCUUGCAGUCACGUCAGCAGACUUUCAACUCCAGCGAAACCCACCACGGCCGCGGACUGAGAACAGGAUGGCGUGUUGCUUCACUCCACAUCUGAUGAUCUUUAGAACCACAUGUAGGCAGUGCAAAUGCAAAACAUCAAGGUAGAACCAAGUUAUUAGCAUGUUAAGCUCCAAUAGUAAUAGCUGUUCAUUCAACAUUUGUAUUACGCAGAGGACAACUUCCAGGCUACAACCUCAAGAACUUCACAAUGCACUAUAGAAUUCCCUCAAGAGCAACUGCAUUACAGGCUAGAAUGGGUAACUGUCGCCAAUCAAAUUGAUUAGUUAGUCCUUGCCAUUUAUUUAUCUAUUUAUAUUUAACAUUUUGUUUCUUAUAUUGUGUUCAGUGUUGCCCCUCCUGAGCGGUCUACUCUCAGAAUGGUGGUGCUGUCCUUUGUUUACACAACUUCAUGCUUUGUUUGGCAUCUAUUGCUUUACUCCUUGUGGUCCUGAAGUGAGUAGUGUUUGGCAUCACUAUAGAGAAAAGUUAGGAGUCACUUGGUAUAGGAACUGGAAUCACCUAUAGCCCAAACUAGGCAAGUUUCCUUCCCUAAAAGAGGUUGUUUCACUGCAACAACACCCACAAAAUGCU